AUGACAAGACAUGACCCAGACACGGCCAUAAACCUGGAACUGAGUGCAGUUCACACCUCCACCCCCAUCCUCUCCUACCCCAUCACCCCUCAGUUCACACCUCCACCCCCAUCCUCUCCUACCCCAUCACCCCUCAUGCCAUACCUCCACCCCGGCCCACCCUCCUUUGAAGAGUUUCUGCAGUUUGAACUGUGGUCACCUGAGGACCAUCAGAUGUGUGAGCAAGCGCAGCAGGAGCCCGUGUCUCUGGCCCAGAUGAAAAGGGUAUCAGUGGUGCUGGUGGACUGUUGUAGACCACAAGGACAGCGAGGGACGGACCUGCAGAUGCUGACCAAUGGAGAUGCAGAACAGCCCGAGACCAUUGUUGAAGGGAUCGCAAAUGGGAAGAGUUUCAAGAUGGGGUCAGAUCUCAACCCACAUCAGACAACACAUACUGGACAGAAGCCAUAUCACUGUUCAGAUUGUGGAAAGACUUUUACCCAGACAUCGGGUCUCAAGGUACACCAGAGGAUCCAUACUGGAGAAAAGCCAUAUCAUUGUUCAGAGUGUGGAAAGACUUUCAGAACAAUCUCAGCUCUUACUGACCAUCAGAGAAGAACACAUACUGGAGUAAAGCCAUAUCAGUGUUCAGAUUGUGGAAAGUCUUUUAUUCAGACAAGUGAAGUCCAGACUCACCAGAGGAUCCAUACUGGGGAAAAGCCAUAUCAUUGUUCAGAUUGUGGAAAGACUUUCAGAACAAACUCAGCCCUUACUACCCACCAGAGAACACAUACUGGAGUAAAGCCAUGUCAUUGUUCAGAGUGUGGAAAGUCUUUCAGAACAAACUCAGCCCUUACUACCCACCAGAGAACACAUACUGGAGUAAAGCCGUGUCAUUGUUCAGAGUGUGGAAAGACUUUUAUUAAGACAAGUGAACUCAAGGUUCACCAGAGGAUCCAUACUGGGGAAAAGCCAUAUCUGUGCACUACAUGUGGUAAGUCCUUCAGGCAGAUCAAUCACCUGAAGGGACACCAGAAAAUCCAUACUGGGGAAAAAGAAAAGCCAUAUCUGUGCACUACAUGUGGUAAGUCCUUCAGGCAAAUCAAUCACCUGAAGGGACACCAGAAAAUCCAUACUGGAGAAAAGUCCUAUCAGUGUGCUACUUGUGGGAAGAGUUUCAGAACCAGCAGCGACCGUACUGUCCAUCAGAGGAUCCAUACUGGGGAAAAGCCAUAUCUGUGCACUACAUGUGGUAAGUCCUUCAGUCAAAGCAGCGCUCUCAAGACACACCAGAAGUUCCAUACUGGAGAAAAGCCAUAUCACUGUUCAGAUUGUGGAAAGACUUUUACUCUGGCAUUUUGUCUCAAGGUGCACCAGAGGAUACAUACUGGAGAAAAGCCCUAUCAUUGUUCAGAGUGUGAAAAUACUUUCAGAACAAGCUCAGCUCUUACGGUCCAUCAGAAGAGAACACAUACUGGAGAAAAGUCAUAA